UGACUUGAUCUCUCAUUAUAAAAGAUGUCCACUAGCUCGGUUCCGCUACCACUUAAACCUCCUUCGAUCGAAAACCUCUCUACUAGGGUUUUACAGAAAUCGUCUAAGAAUGGCUUUCUUUAGUAAAGCUGGGAAUGUACUCCGACAGGUGGUUAACAAGCCGCAAAUCAGCCAUGAGAUCUCUGCAUCCACACCCUCAGUUUUCCAAAUCCUGCGAUUUAUGUCAUCUUCAAAAGUUUUUGUAGGAGGAAUCUCUUGGAGUACAAGUGAUGCAAGUCUUCAAGAUGCCUUCCGUAAAUAUGGAGAUGUCAUUGAAGCAAGGAUUAUUACAGAUCGUGAGACAGGCAGAUCCAGGGGGUUUGGCUUUGUUACCUUUGGCAGUCCUGAGGAUGCUAGUGCGGCAAUCCAGGCAUUGGAUGGCCAGAUGCUUGAUGGCCGCUCAAUAAGGGUAAACUUUGCAAAUGAAAGGCCACCACGAAGCUUUGAUGGUGGGUCUGGUGGCGGAGGAUAUGGUGGUGGCAGAUAUGGAGGUGGCGGCGGCUAUGGAGGUGGUGGUGGCUAUGGUGGUGGCAGUUAUGGUAGUGGUCAAGGUGGGUAUGGUGGCAGUGGGAAUUUUGGUGGUCAAGGUGGCGAAGGUAGCUAUGGUGCAAAUAAUUAUGGUAGUGGUGGCAGCGUGGGUUAUGGCGGUGACAACCAGAACUUUGGUGCUGCUGGCGGGGACUUCCCCAGUGCUGGCAAUACUUUUGCGAGUAGUGGGUUUGAGGGAAAUACAGGUUUUGGGUACGGCAGCAACAAUCAAUAUGGAGACAAUGCGAGCAGCAACACAGAUGAAGCUGGGGGAGAUGAUAGCCAUCCGGAACAGGGGAGCUUUAGAGACGACGAUGAUCAACCCGAUGACUAUGCCAAACGAGCCUAGGAUGAUUUGAUUGCUUGACAAUAUUUUGUGCUGCAGAUGCAAAGAUAAUGGAAGAUGCCCUCUUCCCUAUCCCUUUUUCUUCAGAACUGCCCUUGGUUUUUUUUUCUUCUUUUCUCAUUGACUAAAUUUGGCUAUGUAAACUGUAUUUGAGGUUUUGAAACCCUCUUGUUCUAAACAUCUGCCCAAUUAAAGAUGUAUCUUGUUUAGAGUUA